AUGCUUGCCAACUCAACAUCCGCCACCCUAGACGUUUUCGUCCACUCUCGAUCUCGAAUUUUCCCCCGGACACGUCCCGACCAGCCCCAAACUGUGCCGCUAAGCAUCGCAGAUUCCUCCGUAGUACGGUUCACCACUACCGCGACAGUAUUGUUCUACGAUGCACAAGGCACAGCCCUAUUGCCCGAACAGCUCGAAUCUAGUCUGAAAGUCACCCUCGACUCAUAUCCUCAGUGGGCAGGCCAGCUAGAGUGGGCACCUUACCGUCCGGAUGGCGAUCACACCGAGCGCGUCGGUCGCGUGAAUCUGUCCUACGGCACUCCCUCCGACCCAGGUGUCGAAUUAGUCGUCGCGAGCAGUCCCAAACAUCUAGCCGAGUUCGUUCCCAGCCCCCUAGAGCGUCGCAGCGGGUCUAAGUGCUGGAACGCAGGGGCAACACCGAUUACCACACUCCUUCCGGACACAGAUCUACCCCUGCACGACCUCACGAACUUCCGCGGGCUACCAGGACUCAUGGUCCAGGCCACCUCCUUCGCCUGCGGCGCGGUCGCCAUUGCCGUCAAGAUGGCCCACGCGCUGGCGGAUGCGCAUACCUUGGCACGCUUCACCUCCGACUGGGCGGCCGUCAACCGCGCCAUGGUCGCCGGCGCACCUGUGCCCAUCCUCAGCCCCGUCUUCGACCCCAGCCUGCUCGACCGCGCCGCGGCAGGCGACAUCGACGCCGCAAGCCCCGACACCGUGCUCGUCGAGAGGUCCCGCGCACUGCCCAUGCACCGGUACGACUGGUGGACACCAACCACCGACUCUCCGCCGGACAUUCCUCCCGGGCUCGAGCCCACAAGCGCAGCCCCGCCGGGCGACCCCAUCCCCUUCGCCGACUUCGACACGGGGCCCUCAGCGCACUACCUGCUGCACUUCACCGCGGACGAGGUGCGCCGGAUGUGGGAGGAGGCGCGCGGCGCGCGCGCCAUCAGCCGCCAGGACGCGCUCUUCGCGCACGUCUGGAUGCUCAUCAACCGCGCGCGGGGGCUCGAGGCCGACGGCGCGGCGGUGCACCUGAACAUCAUGCUCGGCAUGCGCGCCCGGCUCGCGCCGCCGCUCCCCGUGUCGUUCGUCGGCUCCCCGCUGACCAUCGCGCGCGUGUCCAUGCCGGCGUGCGAGGCGUCUUCGGGCCUCGGUACCAUGGCCGAGCGCAUCCGCGCGACGGUCGCGCUGUUCGACGCGCCGGCGCUGGCCGCGCUGCUGCACGACAUGGCGCACGACCCCGCGCUCGUGCGCACGUGGCGCGCGUGCCUUGGCCGGCGGAACGUCGUGAUCACGUCGUGGGCGCGCCUGGGCAUGUACGAGGUGGAUUUCGGCUCGGGCGCGUUGCCGCGCUACGUUGAGGCGGUGAUCCCGAGUACGGACGGAUGUGUCCACAUCAUGGAGGCGGCGCCCACGGCAUCCUCCACAGACGGAGGACGGUUGAAACAUUGGUGCGAUGACGGCGUGGACGUGUCGCUGUAUAUUGCGGCGGAUGUCGCAGAAAGGGUACUGAGGGAUCCAAUGCUACGACAGUACAGCGACAGAUAA